AUGUUUUCCCGAACCCACCGCUGUCUCCUUCCUUCUCUGACUUGCCACAAAACCCCAAAUUCAUCACUCUUUUCUUCUUCUUCUUCAUCUUCUUCACAACCCCCAAACACAAACAACAAAGACAAGAUCAUCGUAUCUAGAUUCCACCACAAAGACUGGCUAACCUCAAAACAAGCAACAACCUUAAUCAACUCCUUAACCAACCCUUCCAUUGCCCCAACUCUCUUCAACAUCUACUCUUCUCGCAAAGACUACAACCCAACUCAACCCUUCUGCAUUUCCCUCAUCACCAAACUAGCCCAAUCUCACCAAUUCGAACCAAUCGACACCCUCCUCAAUUCCCUCCAACCUCCACAGAAACACCGUUUUACCCAAGAUUUCUUCUUCCAUCUCAUCAAACUCUACGCCCAUAAAGCCAACAGAAUCGAUAAAGCCGUUGAAACCCUCUUCAUGAUGCCGAGUUUCGGUUCUUACCCAACCUCUAAAACUUUCAACUUUGUCCUUAAUCUCUUGGUCAAUAACAAACUACACGACCAAGUUUUUAAUCUUUAUUCCUCGGCUUCCAAGUUAGGUUUUCAAAUUGACGCUUGUUGUCUUAAUAUUAUCAUUAAAGGGCUAUGCAAACAGGGGGAGAUUAAAGCUGCGUUUAAGGUGUUUGAUGAAUUUCCUAAGCUGGGAAUUCAACGAAAUGAGAGAACUUUUUGUACGUUAAUGCAUGGGCUAUGCGAGGAGGGGAAUGUGGAUGAGGCUUUUGAGUUGUUGGAGGUAAUGAAAAAGGAGAAAAUUUGUGUUGAUGUUAUGGUUUUCAAUGUUUUGAUAUGUGGGUUGAGGAGGAAAGGGAGAGUGGAUGAAGCCAAAGAGGUUUUGGAAGAUGGGAUGAUGAGGAAUGGAUGUUACCCUAAUGAAAGUUCUUAUCAACAUGUUUUGUAUGGGUUGAUUGACUUCAAGAGAUUUGGGGAGGCUAAAGGGGUUGUUGAGAAGAUGGUUUUGAAGGGUUUUGUUCCUAGUUUUGAUUCGUUUAAAGGUUUGGUUUUUGGGUUUUCUAAAGAGGGGUUGGUUGAGGAAGUUGAUUGGGGUGUUAGGGGUAUGGUUAGGAUGGGUUUUGUUCCUAGGAUGGGGAUGUGGAGACAGAUUGUUAAGUGUGUUGUUGUUUGUAGAGAUGUUGCUGAUUCUUUUGAUAGGAUUUUGGAUGUUGAUUGUGAUUGA